AUGAGCGGCCAGCCGAUGCUCAAAAUCACCAUUCCGCCAGGUCUGGGGCCGGGGCAGAAGCUCAUGUGCAAGGCGCCGGACGGCCAGCAGCUGCAGGUGACCAUCCCGCCAAACGUCAGGCCCGGCCAGCAGAUCCAGAUUGCGUACAAGCCGCUCGCCGACCAGCCAGCCGCGAGAGGCAGCCAGGGCUCGACGCCCCUCGACGUCGCUCGAAUGCGGCAGAUUUCGCAAGAUAACCGUCACAAUGUCAAGUUCCGCAUCCUGGAGACGGAGGUGAAAACGUCAAAGAUGCCGAGCCGCCUGACGCGCGAGCAGGCUGAGGCCCUGCUCCGCUGCUUUGAAGUCCCAAUGCGGCGCGUGGACGUACUGGAGCGCUACCUCGAGAAGCGGCUCCAGCCCGCGGCCGCCGCGUGGGCCGAGGAGCUCAUGUCGACGCGCGUCACGACCGACGAGAUUCGAAAUCUGUGCGGCGACCCAAUUGAGUAG